AUGGCUCUUAAACGCAUUCAAAAGGAACUCCAAGAUUUAGGUCGUGAUCCACCAGCUCAGUGUAGUGCCGGACCGGUUGGAGAUGAUUUAUUCCAUUGGCAAGCUACAAUUAUGGGACCUGCAGAAUCACCAUAUCAAGGCGGAGUUUUUUUCCUUACAAUUCACUUCCCUACAGAUUACCCUUUUAAACCACCAAAAGUAGCAUUUACUACAAAGAUUUAUCACCCUAAUAUCAAUUCGAAUGGAAGUAUUUGUUUGGAUAUUCUCAGAACACAAUGGUCACCAGCCUUGACAAUUUCGAAAGUGCUCCUUUCCAUCUGUUCACUUUUGUGUGACCCAAACCCUGAUGAUCCAUUGGUUCCAGAAAUAGCCAAGCUCUAUAAAUCGGACAGAGAAAAAUAUAAUCAAACAGGCAGAGAAUGGACACAAAAAUAUGCAAUGUAA